AUGAAUCCCAACGAAACUGGUGUGGCUUUUUCUGGUGGUGGCAUACGGUCAGCGGCACUAUGCUCUGGAGUCCUGCGUAGAUUGCUCCAGGUUAGAGCGAAAGUAGACUACCUGAGCUGCGUGUCAGGGGGUGGUUACACAGGCACAGCAUUUUUGGAUUGGAAAUACAGGAACGAGAAGAAAGUAAAGGACAACGAAGAAUGGCAUGAAGAGUUCUUCGACAACAUGCGACGAAGAGUAGGCUUUAUAUGUAACUGGGAGAAGCCUUGUCAAGGAAUCCUUGAUUCGAUUAUGGUAUUCUUUCUAAUGCUUACUGUCUCCGUCAUUGAACCGAUUGUCAUAUAUGGAUCAUACGCAUUUCCACUUGCCUUCAUUAAUGAUUAUCUCUUCGGAAAGUUACUUCGCGCCAAAGUGGACUGUGAUCACCUUACAGCAGUCCCUUCUGCAAGUAACCCCGACGCCACCGCUCAAGGAAUCCGCGAGCACUGUCUUUCUCGUCAAGGAACCGUUCCUGUUGCUAAGACUAUCCUAUUUUUAGUUCUGUUGGCGCUCUCUGUCACUUUUUACACUCUGUCACGAAAGUUGUCCGACAUGAAGUCUAAAUAUUUCAGACUUUUCUCGACAAUUUUUUUCUUGUUUCUCUGCUUUACUUUCCUCCCAUUUGCAAUAAAUGAUUUCUUCAUUGAAAUCCCCGUGUGGAGUCGGGUGGUCGUUGUAGUGAUUGGUGUGGUUUUAUGGUUCGUCCUUCCUAUGCUCCGGCAUAAAACGUCAUACUGCAUUAUGAUCUAUCUUUAUUCAUACAUCAUCUACUGGAAAGUGUACGAAGCCAAGGUUGUUGGUGUUGUGUAUUCUGAUGGGCUGUUUAAUAGGCUGCUCUUCGCCUCUGGGUGUGUCGUGUGGUUUGUACCAUAUUUGAGAAAGUCACGCGAGAGACUCGUCCAUGUCAUCAACAGGUGAGGAACCGACCACAAUAUACCGCUAGUAAAAGGAGGGGUGGGGGAUGGAAGGACUUUGGUUGUUACGAUAAAGUUUACCUCAUCUCCCUGAAAGGCUUCGUAAUAUCCUUACCCCCCCCCUUCAUUGGCAUUCAAUUGGCAGUCAGUAGUUCCUCUUUUAUAUUCUGUUGGUGAUGACUGAUUCCUCUUCCUCUUGCAGAUGGAAACUUCGUAAGGCCUUUUACUCAAAAGAAAGUUCAAGAACAGGGGAAUGCCUUGAGAUACUUCAAGAUAUUUUCUGCCCCCUGUGGACAUGUCUGUUAAAAAACCAAAGACAGAGGUCCAAACAGCACACAGACCAACAGAUGGACAUCCAUAGCGAUGAUGAAGAGAGAUGUAAUAAUGAGCCACCAGAGACGAGACCCUUGAACCUUUCCGACCUCCGUGGCACGGAACCUGAGUUAAUAUCAAGCACGACCGUCCACAACUGGGACAAAAAUGCCAGGACUGACAUAGAUUAUGAUAUACUGACAAUGUCACCUACGGCAAUUGAGUGCUUACACCGAGAUCCAUCGAAUGUCAAUCAGUUUGAAAGUAAGUUGGAUCCUCGAGAUGUGGAGUUAGCUGACGCCAUGGCCACAUCUGCGGCAGCAAUCUCAAGAUAUGACGAUUCUUUGAAAGUGAUGCGUCUUUCCACGAUUUUGGGAUUUGAAAUGGGGGCUUCGAUGUUCGGCGACAUGAGGGCGGUUAAAGAAGAGUCCUGUAUCAUGAAGGUAAGAAUUUUUUUUGGGAUACCUGAUGCUAGAGUCCUGGAAAUAAAGCAAUUUUGAGUGUCAAAAAUAAUCUGUGGUUUCUUUGGUUUUACCUUACUUUGCCAUGUAACUGGUUUGAAAAACCCGUGCCAUCCUCGCUCUCGACCAAUCAGAGUUAAAUACUGAAAGCAAACGCAGCUUGGUCACUUUUGUUUUCCCGCAGUUUAAGCAUCUUUUCUUUCCUCCGAUUGGCUUUCGUGACUAUUUUGGUCCUGAUUUUACGGCACUCAAUCGAAAAGCACUCAAACUUGAGAACGAUUGUUGUUGGAAUAAAAUCCAAAUGGUGAGUCAGUGUCAUAGGUUGAUUCUCUGUUGGAAUAUAUGAAAUCAAUUUGCUACACUCACUACACUCCAGGUAGGUGUAUUUCUUUUCAAUGGUGAUUCAUUAACGCGAUCAAAAUGAUUAGAUAACCAAAUAAUGCAGUACAAUUUCUUGCCUGUUUAUCUCUUUUGAACAGUCUCUGCCACUUCUUAUAAACAUUCUCCGGGGGCUUCCGUUGAUCGCUGUGCCAGCGGUCUAUUUCACUGUCGGCGGUGAAAGGUUAAUUGAUGUUGGUGUAAUUGUAUUCUUCGUAAUUCACCUGAUUCUGGCCUUCAUCGGAGCUUUCGCCGACACAGGAGCUGAGAGACCAAACUUAUGGGAGAAGAUAGCCAGGUCAGCAUCAUGUAAAUUAGUGCAUAUAUCUUUGUCUGGAUGUCUUAAUAAUGGCAAUUGAACUGAGUGGAGUGAGUGGUAAUCACAUGAUUUCGAGUGCAAUUUGGAAUAAAUAAGCACGAGUAAAUUUUUUCAAAGACUAACAAAAAAUUUGUGGUCUUGCACGAAGAAAAAUCAUGUGAUUACGUAUUAAUAAUAUACAUGAAAAAAAACGAGAUAGCUUAUCGUAAUUAUGCAGAAGCAAAGUGCGCGCAUCAAGUGCAAAAAUAAUCUAUUCAAACCCCGCAAGUAACUAUAUGCGUUCGGUCAAAACAACCGCGUACGAUCAAAACAAUAAUAUACAAUGAUAUUUUCAAAUCUUUAAUGCUCAAAAAUAAAGUUCAAAGUCCGGCCAAACAGUUCAAGGAAUUGUUCAGUCUGUGUCCGUAUCACUUUCGAGGAAAUGGAGUCGUCGUUUGCGAGGUUUAACCAUGUUUAAAUCUGUUUGCUUUUUUUUCUUAUUUCGGCGUAGAAUCGCUCGAGUAAAGUGAUAAGCUGCGUCGGCUCGCAAUUUUCGAUUCCCUUGGGAAUUUCCUCCUCUAAACACCACUAAUUCCAAACCGUCAACCAAAAAAAGCAGUGCUUUUUAUAGUGUUUUCGCUGUUAGAGCUGUUUUUUAGCUGCUGUAUUGUUAUUGAGGUGGCGAAAGAAAACGUAAUUAAAACGCCGGCCAUUGUUUCGUUCGCAAAUUUUCAGCGUAUCUAAAUGUUGAGGCAUCCAAGCCUCGCACUCGAUUGGCUAUCUGUGAGUUUCUUUGAUUAUUAACCAAUCAGAAUGUCUGGUUUGUUACUUUCUUUGCACUGAAUUAACCCUCUUCGGCACUGAAUUACCUCAAAACUACACCUAUCUUAAACAAUCAGAACUGAGUAAUUUUUCCAUGUAUCUUAUUAGGUCUGAAAUCAUACGAGUGAUUUCCAAAUCGAACGAGCGCACGGCAUGAGUUUGAUUUGAAAUUAUAUGUAUGAUUUCGGACAAAAAUUACGCAAUACAAAGUUUUACUUCAUAUUAAAAAGUUAAAAAAGCCGUCUUUCAUUCUUCUGCAAUUUUAUCGAUUACUUUAAAAAAGCCUUGAACCUGACUGGUUAUUUUAUUUUAGUAAAGUUUCUCUUCCUCUUGGUAAAAAGAUGCGAUUUAAGUUAACAAGACGCACGUAGUUCUAGCUUAACUAGUUCUAGCUUAACUUGUUACUUUCAUAAAAGAUGGUGCGAAUUUUCCAGGACAAUAACGAAUGAUGGGGAAGAAAAAUGUUUGGCCCGGAUUGCCAUGGCCUUUCUCAAAGUAAAACAACAAAACCUAAAAGUCCUGAAAGCAGGGUUGUUCAAAGCACGACUAAGCUAACCGAGGAUUAACCAACAGUUUUUCAUUUAGUUUUGUUGCUUUGAUGACAGUUUUUAGUGAAUAAAUUUUUCCUUCAGUUUUUUCUUGGACUAAGGUGAAACCGCUCAAAGCGUGAAGCCUAAUGAAUACGCUAUCAAGGACACGUUAAACUUUUAAUCCUAGAUUAUCACUAGCCCCAUCUCGAACAACUGUGCCACUGUUGAACCGAACCGUUGAUUCCAAGGUAAAGUCAUAUAAAACAUUGUCUUCGUCAUCCUUUCGAUCCCAAGAUUUAAAAGUUACAUCUCAGUAAAUGACUUUACCGACCCAACUCUAUUCCAAGGAAUUUGGUGUCUGGCACUAUAGAUAAUUUUCUUAAGUUCUCGUCACUCUCUGCCCAGGGGCGAAGUCAUCAGGAUUUUUCGAAGGGGGCUCACACUGUGUCAGCAGAGGGUUCUCACCAGGGUGUCUUGUCGACCCCCGCGCCGGCAUGGGAACCACAGCCCCCCUCCCCCUUUUCCAUGCCCUUGCUGCCUGAUAAUACAUUGAAAUUGUCCCAUGCCAAAAGGCGAAGGUUCGCUGAUGACAUCACCCACAGUUUGAAAAACACACCUUGUAACCCAGAUCGACGUUCCUGAUCUAUUGCGUCUUUUUUCUAAGGUGGUUUAUUGUACACGUGUCUUUCGUGGAGUUUGUCAGAGAAACCCUUUCCAUUGAGAACAUCGGACCCAUGCCCCCUCCUGUGAUGCAACUCAGCGACGGAGGCCACAUGGAAAAUACCGGGAUUCUGCCAUUAUUAAAGAAAAAACUGAAGAAAAUUGUUAUGGUGGAUGGUGGUUACUCCACUGACGAGAAGAGGUAUGGAGAUCACCUUCUGAAAGCACUGAUGCUCGCUCGUACCGAGCUAAACUGUUCAUUUACUGGCCAGGGAGGCCGUGACGUCAUUUCAGACCUCUUAGAGACCUUCGUAAAACCAGAUAAACCGAAUGAAAGGAAACCAAGAUAUUACAGGUGUGUAUGUUCUCAUAAGCUAAUUUUUUACCUGCGAUAGUGAGAAAUUGUCUUUCUGGAGAAUGUGUCAAUAGCUACCAGAAAAAAAGCUAACAUCUUGGAAGAGAAGAGUUUUGUCAGGUCUUACAAUUUUUCGUUAUAGUAAAAAAAUUUGAAAUACGUUGAAAUCCCUGUAUCUCGACCCUCCUUCUACCCCUCUUCCUUUAGGAACCAAUCAGUUGACACGGGCACGAGAUAUUCAGGGUAUAUCAGUGGUAUACAAUGUUUCAAGUCUAAUAUAAAGGAAGAUAUGGCCUCAAGUUUGAGAUGGCAAGACUCCACCGUUGUCUUUAGCACUUACCUAACGGCUUGUUCCUCAUAGCUUGAAAGGCAUUGGGCUAAAUCUUAUCCUAUUUUUCGUUGACUUUAUCAAUUUUCUUACUCAUUGGCCUGGCUCGUUCCAUGUUAGUUUGUUCUGACCCCUGGUACGUUUUUCUUUAUGGCUCAAGAUAAAGUUUUAAGCUGCAGCAUGCUGCAACUGACCCGAAAUACCGUUAACCUCUUACAACCUAACGUCAGUAGCCCUUAGGGGUCAAUGGGUUAUCUACAGAGUUCCUUUGUUUCAAUGGAGGUUAUAUGAGCUCUUCAAAUUGACUGAAAGCAUCCAUUCUUUUCUGCUUAGAUUUGAAGUUGAGUACUACCAAGAUGAGGUUGGCAAAGUUGGUGAAGGUGAAAUUAUGAUGAUAAGGCCACGGGAUCCACGCAAAGGUGACCAAAGCGAGGUCAAAACCUGGGAAGAAUUUGGUUUCAACCUGGAGCCGAAUGACUGGGGAAAUAGUCCAUAUUUGACUGGGGAGGAAGUCGAUAAGUUGACCUUCUGCUGCUGUGAGUGCUGCAACAAAAAGUCCUGCUUAAGCGGUUUGUCCGAGCUCUUCUGUGACAAGUUUCCAAACACUUCUACUGCAAAUCAAUUUUUCACGCCUUUGCAGUUCUCCGCCUAUCACCGUGAAGGUUACCGAGCAUGCAUUGAAGCGCAAGCCGCUGAAUUCCUCAUGGAGGAACAAGAUAUCCAAGAAGUAUGA